AUGUCCGGUGGUAAAGGUGGUAAAGCAGGUUCCUCUGAAAAAGUUUCAACUUCUAGAUCCGCAAAGGCGGGUUUAACUUUCCCAGUUGGUAGAGUCCACAGAUUAUUAAGAAAGGGUAACUAUGCACAAAGAAUCGGUUCUGGUGCACCAGUUUACAUGACUGCUGUUUUGGAAUAUUUAGCUGCAGAAAUUUUGGAAUUAGCAGGUAAUGCAGCAAGAGACAACAAAAAGACCAGAAUUAUCCCAAGACAUUUACAAUUAGCAAUUAGAAACGAUGAAGAAUUGAACAAGUUAUUAGGUCACGUUACUAUUGCUCAAGGUGGUGUCUUACCAAACAUUCACCAAUCCUUGUUACCAAAGAAGUCUGCAAAGGCUAAGGCUUCUCAAGAAUUAUAA